AUGGUUCAACCAACAGUAGUCUACAUGGUUCAAACAGCAGUAGUCUACAUGGUUCAAACAGCAGUAGUCUACAUGGUUCAACCAACAGUAGUCUACAUGGUUCUACAUGGUUCAAACAGCAGUAUUCUACAUGGUUCAAACAGCAGUAGUCUACAUGGUUCAAACAGCAGUAGUCUACAUGGUCCAAACAGCUGUAGUCUACAUGGUUCAAACAGCAGUAGUCUACAUAGUUCAAACAGCAGUAGUCUACAUGGUUCAAACAUCAGUAGUCUACAUGGUUCAACCAACAGUAGUCUACAUGGUUCAAACAGCAGUAGUCUACAUGGUUCAAACAGCAGUAGUCUACAUGGUUCAAACAGCAGUAGUCUACAUGGUUCAAACAGCAGUAGUCUACAUGGUUCAAACAGCAGUAGUCUACAUGGUCCAAACAGCUGUAGUCUACAUGGUUCAAACAGCAGUAGUCUACAUGGUUCAAACAGCAGUAGUCUACAUGGUUCAACCAACAGUAGUCUACAUGGUUCAAACAUCAGUAGUCUACAUGGUCCAAACAGCUGUAGUCUACAUGGUUCAAACAGCAGUAGUCUACAUGGUUCAACCAACAGUAGUCUACAUGGUUCAAACAGCAGUAGUCUACAUGGUUCAAACAGCAGUAGUCUACAUGGUUCAAACAGCAGUAGUCUACAUGGUUCAAACAUCAGUAGUCUACAUGGUUCAAACAGCAGUAGUCUACAUGGUUCAAACAUCAGUAGUCUACAUGGUUCAAACAGCAGUAGUCUACAUGGUUCAAACAGCAGUAGUCUACAUGGUUCAACCAACAGUAGUCUACAUGGUUCAAAUAGCAGUAGUCUACAUGGUUCAAACAGCAGUAGUCUACAUGGUUCAAAUAGCAGUAGUAUACAUGGUUCAAACAUCAGUAGUCUACAUGGUUCAAACAUCAGCAGUUUACAUGGUUCUACAUGGUUCAAACAGCAGUAG